AGCGAAUACAGCAAAAUUUAUUUUCCGUCAACUUCGAGCGUAUAAAUAAUUACAUUAUUGUGAAAUAGAAGCAUACCGUUAGUGACAAAUCGCUGGCCAUAGAAGUGGCCAGCGAAUGCGCUACAGCAGCAAGCGAGAAAUGUGCACAUUGACAUAUUAAAUGCCAUGGAAAAAAAGACGCAUGUCCAAUUCUUGCUAAUAUUGCUGCGAGCAAAACCAGAUGAUAACUGAGAGAGAGCAAGAGAGGGACAGAGAGUGAGUGAGAGUGAGAGCGAGAGCGAGAGCGAACCGAAACCCAAACUUCCUUCCGAGUGUCCAAUUCCGAGUCCGAUUCCAAAUCCGAAUCCGAGUUAGUUCCAUUUCGAGGAGAACUUUUGACUUCUCCACACAAAUAUGGCCGAUUCGUUGUUGUAUGCCGAGGUGCCUCCCUUUCUGGAGGAUGUGGCAGCCUCUGUUAUUGUUGAGCCCACAGCAGUGGGCGGAGGCGUUGGUGGGGGUGGAGGUGGCCCCUUGCCACCAGCUGCCAUACAGUUUGCCGAUCUCACAGAGAGCGGCAGCGAAAGCGACGAGGUCAGCACAAUACCACAACAGGCACAGCUGGACCAGCAUCAGCAACACCAGCAGCAGCAGUCACAGGAGAAUGACUCCUCUUCCGUCGGCGGCGGUGGUAACGGCGCUGGACAAAGCACAACGCCCGCUGCACGCUCCUCACCGCCGCCGAACUGUGCCAUUUGCUUGUCGCGCUGCAGACGCAAAUGCUUCACGGACUCGUGUAUGCAUCAAUUCUGCUUCAAAUGCCUCUGCGAAUGGAGCAAAAUCAAACCGGAAUGCCCGCUGUGCAAGCAGCCGUUCAAGACGAUCAUCCACAAUGUGCGCACCCUGCAGGAUUAUGAUCGGUAUCCGGUGCCGAGCAGCACGCCGGAGCACUCGGCGCUAAGUUUUCACAUUGUGAACAUUCGCCGCCAGCGCUUUAUGCUGCAGAACCAGGCGAUUCUGACCAAUGACUUGGAUGCAGCUGCCACCGAUGAGUCGCAGGAUGGUGUCAAUGUCAAUGCACUGCCGCAUCGCAUGCACGGCCCGUUCAAUCGCUUUGAGCCGUAUCGCAUGGAGCUCCUUAACCUAUAUCGCCACGACCAGGACAGCGGUCGCACCGGCACCGGCCCUGGUUCACUCAGCCAGCUCUGGCGUCGCUACGUCUACGAUCGCAAGUUGUACGCGCUGCCCGUCAGUGACAGCCUCACCGGACACUAUCGAGAGUGGAGCGCCCGCUUCUACAGAGAUAAUCCCGCCCAAAUGCAUCGCCUGAUACCGUGGAUAAAUCGGGAUAUUGUGUGCCUGUUGCGCAACUCGACACAGAAUGUGAGCGAGGUGAUGCAGCUGAUGCACGAUAUUCUGCCGAUGAUCAAUAUACCGACGCAGACAUUCCGGCGGCGACUGGCACCGUUUCUGGGCGAGCGCACCAAUCACUUCAUCCACGAGCUGUUCAACUUUGCCCGUUCGCCCUAUGAUAUGAUUGGCUACGAUCGCGUCGUGCAGUACUCGGCCCGUCUCGCCGAGGAGGUGGAAGUGGAUCUACUCGAUCUGGUGUCAAAUAGUGAUAGCAGCGCACCACAGCCAGCGGAUGCCCCUGCAAAUGCCAAUGGCAACGCCAACGCCAAUAGUAAUGGCAAUGGCAGCAGUAGCAGCAGCGGUGGCAACAGUGGCAAUGUUGCAGAUUUGACUGGCAGCGGGGAGUCAUCGAGCGAUUGGGGCCGCUUGCCACGCCCGUCGACGAGCGUGAUUGUGACCAAUCCGAGCUCAACACAUUCCUUCAGCGUCACCAUGGCCACCGAUGGCAGCGAGCUGCCAGGCAUUUCCAUACGCCGCACGACAACCUCAAAUGUGGGCUCGCAAACGGUGGCCAUCAAUCUGAGCAUGCGUCGCUCCGCCAACGAGGUGAUCGAGAUCGAUGACGGCGAUGCUGCCGCCAAUGCUGAAGUGGCCGCCAUCAAUGAUAGCAGCAAUCAGACGGGACGCCGCCAGGCUGGUGCGAGUCUGCCGAUUAGCGCUCACAUUGAGCUGCAGAGCAGCGAAUGCAGCAAUAGCAGCGACGAGGACGAGUGCGUCUUUGUACUGGAGCGAAAGCCGCCACAUUUGCGCACACCCGAACUGGUCAGCCUGGACUCCAACAGUGACUCGGAUGUCGUCUUUGUCGAUGAGCAGAAACCAAACAGCACUCCGCCGAAAGCGGCUGUCGCUGAUGCGACCAACAUCGAGCAAGCGGCAACAAAGGAUGCAGCAUCAGUCGGUUUACUGGCUAGUGAUAUGUUUAUGGGACCCAGUACCAGCACCGGCGUCUGCUCUUCCUCGGGCAAGCACUGGAAGACGGUGCUAGAGGAAACGCGCCGCCAGGAUGCAAUCCAGUCGCGCACCCGUCAUUCCAAACGCAACGUGACACGCGUCCAACAUCGCUGCCUGCCGGCGGAGACGAGCAGCAGUAGCAGCAGCAGCGCCACCAACUGGAUAACUAGCAGCGACGACAGCAGCAGCAGCGAUGACUUCAACGUGGCGACCAUGCGACGAAAGCGACGUGCGGCACGCAAACCCAAGACGCGCAAGCGACCCGCCAACGUCAAGGCGGCCGUGCAGCUCAAAAGCAAGCGGCGAAAAAAGCAGACAUCGGAGCCUGAGGAGAGUAGCAGUGGCAGCAAUGGCAGUAAGAGCAGCAGUAGCGCAGACGAGAGCAGCGGGGGCGACAGCAGCGAUGCUAAGCAGACAACUGGUCUGUGCUCCAACAACAACAAAAACAACAAGACCAGUGACAAUAACAACAAGAUUGAGCAGAGCAGCAAUAAUAGCAGCAGCAGCGAUAAUGACAGCACUGAAAAUGUAAUGCUGAGCAAAUUGCGUGUCAAGCUCAAAUCGGAGCCCAGCAGUAACGAGGAUAGGAAGCCGCUCAAGCGUGAAUUGCCAACGGAGGAGCCGUUGGCGGAGGCGGAGGAGCAUCCCGAAGUCAGCGCUGCUAAGCGGCGGCUCAGCUGCAGCAGCAACAACAGCAACAGUAAUCUGUCCAGUCAGAGCAGUAGUGGAUUCAGCACCCUGGCCAGCCACUGCACAACCAUGUCCAGUUGCUCGCCACUGAGCGAAGCAUUGACGAAUACCGAUGCCAAUGUGCCUCCGUCGUCCAUGGUGCAUGAAAUAGCCAACUCGCUGAUUGAGCUGUCCACGGUCAGUGUGGCUGGUGCAACCAGCGAUCAGUUAUACAAUUAUGGCGUUGAUGAUGUGCUCAGCUAUUUGCGUAAUGCGUUGCCCAGCGCCAGCGCCAGCACCAGCACGCAGCAUGCCCAGGAUGAGGAUGAGCAGCUGGGUAUUUAUUUGGAUGAAUCGGAUAAUGCUAAUAACAUUUUUGAUGUUGUCACGGAUGCAGUUAGUGACGCCCAAGGUGGAGAGUCUGUUGCAGCCAAUGAAGAUAUCCAGCCGGCAGAGCUGGAAAUGGAGCAGAAUGAGACCAUUGAGCACCAAAGUGAAAACGUCGACGUCGACGGCGACGAUGAAGACGACGAUGACGAAGACAAGGAUGAGGCAGAGGAAGAGGAGGAGCACAAUAAUGCCACCGACGAUGCUGAAGAUUCGGUGGCUCCUGAGACCGAAAACAGUGACUCGGAUCAGGAUGCAACGGAUGCCUAUUAAGACGCCUUGCCGCUUUAUUUUAAAAUUUUUUUUAUUCGUUGUUUUUACUAAUCGAACGACAUAAUUUUAUCUUCAAUAUAGAGUGACCAGAUCUUGUUGACUAUAUUAAGAGAAAUCCAUUCAAAUUUAGCUUUGCAUGUUAUACACUAAAAUCACGUACCGCAGAUCAAAAAAUUGAUUGUAUUGCAGGCCUAAGGUUAACCUGCACCUCUUAAGUUGUACAUACAUACACAUACACCUACAUAUAACUAAUAUCUAAUUAUUUAAGACGAAUCACCCAAAAACUCAUCCCAAAAUUUGCAUUAUUUCCCACCCAAAAAUCACACUCAUUAAACCCAUGGCGAAACACCAAGUAAUAAGCCCGCAUGCGCGCUGUUCCCCCAAGUAUGAAUUGAAUUGUAAAUGUUUGUAAUUGCUUAAGUUAUCAUAUAAUAUAAA